UAUUGACACAUUUUGUCUGCAUGCAAAGCAAGGUAUGGUUUUACAAGUCUAUAACGCUCACCAGUGAUGCUGAUUAGGUAUCCACUACUUCCCCAAAAAUGAGUUUCAGAAGGCUAAUUAAACAAAACAGCAACGACAAUUAUAUUUUGGAAGACAGGCGUAAAAGUAGUCGGUAUCCGGCAUUAUCAGUCAAUAGCGAAACGGACAAUAAACAACCUCAGACGCUUGUAACAACACUUGGGACGUUGCCAAGGGGGCUCAAACAGCUGACUCGAUGUCAAUCAAACUCACUGGUGGAUUACACUGACUCUCCAAGGACAACCAUUGUUUUAGAAAAACAAGACAAUGAAACGUUUGGAUUUGAAAUUCAGACGUAUGGUUUACAGCAUCAGAACAGCAAUUCUCUGGAAAUGUGUACCUUCAUUUGUAAAGUACAGGAAGACAGCCCAGCUGAGGCUGCAGGGCUGAUAACUGGUGACAUUAUAGUAAGCAUCAACGGCAUCAGAUCGGAAGGGUUCUCUCACCAGCACACUGUGGACCUGAUAAAAGCCUCUAGUAACUGUUUAAGGUUGGAGACCAUUAAUGGAACAACUUUCAAAAGGACUGCACUUGAAGCCAAGCUGCAGUUCUUACAGCAAACCUUACGAGAGAAAUGGAUGGAGUUCCGAAAAUUGCUGUUACAAGAACAACGCCUUGUUCAGGGAAACCUAAAUGAAUGCAAUCCCCAAGAUGCACUGGAUUCCCUUUCAUCUCCCACACCGAGCAUUGGUGCUGGCAGUGGUACAUUCUCCCCGGCUCUGCGAUUCAAGCACAGGUUUUCAAGUGACAGCAGCUGUAAGAGCCAGCUGAGUGUCAUGACAGAUGACAGUGAUGACCAGCAACAUGUGUUUGAGGACUUGGCAGCAAGCCCCUGUAGGCGUGCAAGCUUGGAUGAUGAAUGCUUCUUUCCCAGGGACAGUAAUGCAAUGGGGGUGAAGGCUUCAGUGGCCAGAACCAGGAGUGUUAGCCUGGCAAGUAGUAACAACGGGUCUGGGUCUCCUUCAUUGGACAUGCCGGGUAAUGUAGGUUUGUUUGGGACUCUUCCAAGGAAAACGAAACGAGGAAGUGUCAGGAAACAUCUUUUGAAGUUCAUCCCAGGUUUGAACCACUCAGUGGAGGAGGAAGAAACCCAUUAAUGUUACAGUAAGUUUUUUUUAGUGCAACAGUAGAAGCACAUGAAGCAUUAGGGACAAGAGCAUUAAAAGGAAACGUUUGUUUAAUAUGUAUAUGUCCUAUUAUAUUACAAUGCAGUACCGUGAAAAAGUAUUUGCCCCUUGUCUGAUUUUUUGCAUUUUUCACAGUGAAUUUGGUCAGAUCUUUUUG